UGAUAUCUGGAUGUAGCAGAGGGGUUCCGACUCAGGGCCAAAUGUUCAGUGGCUGCUUGUGCAUUUUGCUCCUGCCCGGCAUCCUCAAUGUCUAAUUCUAGGGGAAAAUAUCAGGCAACGUGAGAUGCAUUCAGUCCCUCUCCCUGGCUCCAGGACAUCAACUCCACGGAGUCCCUGGGUUCUGCAGCCCUUCGGAGCUCUACUUACUCCCCGGAAGAUUUUCCCUUUCCUAGAGAAAGAUGAUCUAAGCUAGGAAAAGAAGGAAACAAGACCCUCUCCUUCCUGAAAGUGUAAUCCGGCUUUGUGGUUUCUAAUGGCAGCUUUCCUUAAGGAGAAGAGAGAAGGUAGAGAAGGAUAUUUGCAUCUUUUACCAAAAAAAAAAAGAAAAAGAAAAAAAUCCUCAUGCAAAGCGAUGUGGAAGACCUUCAAGAAGUGGAGAUGGUGGAAUGCGAUGGGCUGAAAGUGGACUCCAACAAGGAGUUUGUGACUUCCAACGAGAGCACCGAGGAGAGCUCCAACUGCGAGAACGGCUCUCCGCAGAAGGGCCGCGGUGGCCUGGGCAAGAGGCGGAAGGCGCCCACCAAGAAAAGCCCCUUGAGCGGGGUCAGCCAGGAGGGGAAACAGGUCCAGCGCAACGCGGCCAACGCGCGCGAACGGGCCCGCAUGCGGGUGCUGAGCAAGGCCUUCUCCAGGCUGAAGACCACCCUGCCCUGGGUGCCCCCAGACACCAAGCUCUCCAAGCUGGACACGCUCAGGCUGGCCUCUAGCUACAUCGCGCACUUGAGGCAGAUCUUGGCCAACGACAAGCACGAGAACGGUUACAUUCACCCGGUCAACCUGACGUGGCCCUUUAUGGUGGCCGGGAAACCCGAGAAUGACCUGAAAGAAGUGGUGAGCGCGAGCCGCUUGUGUGGAACCACAGCGUCCUGACCUUGGAGGUGCGAGUCCGGGAAAGGCGCAUUCCCUCCUGGGGGACCCUGCCCCCCAUUUCUGUCCGUGCUGCCCCCUCGCAUCGCUCCUCUCCCCAUCCCACUUUACCGCGACGAGGAGAGUCCUUCCCAAGGCCGAGGAGCUCAACUGUACUUAACAGAUUCCCAACUAUUUAACGUUUAUUAACUUCUACCGUGAAUAACUGACUGCGAGCCUUGCUGGUCCAAGUGCAAUAUGUAAUUAUAUAUAUAUAAAUAGAUAAUAAGAGCCUAUGUGUAUCUUUUUUGUACAACGUGAUGUAAAGUGUAGAUCGUACAAUAGCUGACUUUGACAGUCACAUUUAUAAAAUAAUUCACCCAAAGAAAUAUAUUUUUUUUCAAACAAGUUUUGCUACUUUCGAAAAUAAAUCUUUUCUUUAUAUUGCUAAAAUGGCA